CUUUAAUUUGUGCAUAAAAAGUUACUUCCACAACAAUGUCUUAGUCUAUGUUCUUAAUAUUUACUCUAAUAAAUUUUGUUUUAAUUAACAACUAUUUUAUUAUCGUUACCAUUAGUGACAACUAUUAUAUUGUAACAAUAUAAUUAUCAGUAUUGAAUAUAAUAAUUAAAAAUUGUGCUUAACCAAAUUUUGUGAUACUAGAUAAAUAAAAGUGAAAUUACAAAAUGAAGAUUGUUUACAUUCUUAUUUUUUUGGGAUUCGUUUGGGAAUCUACGUGCCAAGAUCCUAGAGUGCUUCGCGUACGUCAAACAAAUCCAGGUGACAAUGAGCCAAAUUUUGUUACACCUGAAUACAUCCUGCCAUGUAGUAGAAGUGACCCGCAGAUUGAGGUUUGCAUUCAGAAGGCAUUUAAUCACUUGAAGCCGUACUUGGUUAAAGGUAUCCCGGAAUUGGAAUUGCCACCAAUUGAACCAUUAGUAAUUCCGCAACUAGGGAUGGAAAAUGGCCAGGGGGCAGUUCGGGUUAGAGCGCUAUUCACCAACAUAACAACUUUAGGAUCCGGGAACUAUACUGUCAGCAAAGUGCGCGCUGAUUUGCGCAACCUGAGAGUCGAUUUGCAGCUCAGUAUCCCAAAAAUAGAGAUAAAAGGAAACUAUGACGUAAACGGAAAAGUUCUUCUCUUCCCGAUUCAGAGUCACGGCGACUUUUGGGCUCUCUUUGGUAAUGUUGAGGCAAUCGCAAGAGUUCAGGGAGUCGAAGAACUGAAAAAUGGAGUCAGGUACAUGAGGAUAGCUCGUCUCUUGAUCGAUUUCAGCUUGGGAAGCGCACGGUUCCGCGUGCACGACCGUCUUAUGGGAAAUAACGUGAUUGGGCAAGCAAUGAAUCAAUUCCUUAAUCAGCAUGCAAGGGAGAUUAUUGAAGAAAUGAGACCAGCAGCCAGCGCCAGUAUUGCUGAACACUUUAUGUCUUUCCUUAACACUGCAUUUACGAAAGUUCCACUUAAGGUUUGGCUUCACGACACGUAAAUUAUCCAUUAGUUUUCUGUUAUUCUUUCUGUUUUUUUAUCACUCAGUACUUUUUGCUUCCUAUCAGACAUUUUUCUCUACGAGUCACGCAGCAGAGCUGAGAUUGCGUGAUGAGUGAGAGUGAGAAAUCAUUUAUUUAAUUAGAAUUAGAAAGAAAAAAAAGAAAACAAGUUAUUCUACUUCGUCAUUUGUACAUUUAAUUUGAUUAGUAUCAAUUUCUUUCAUAAUUAAUUCAUUGGUCAUUCUCAGUCCUUCUAUUUUUAUUUUAAUUGUUUAUUUACUGUAUAAUUAAGUCAAACCAUGUAAAAAGAAACCUUUCGUGUAUAAAUAUUAAAUUUUAUA